AAUGUCUUCCCAACCGAAACUCCGGAUCCUCUGCCUUCACGGAUAUCGACAAUGCGAUCAAUCAUUCCGGCAAAAGACGGGAUCCACUCGGAAGCUCGUCAAAUCUCUAGCAGAGUUUGAAUUUGUGAAUGGAGUUCAUUCUGUGGCGGUAGAUGAACAUGUUGAUUCCAGUCGAGCGUGGUGGUUUUCAAACAACGAAGCGAUGAGCUUCUCCUCUCGGGAAUCUACGGAAGUAGCUGUUGGAUUCGAAGAAUCUGUGGCCGCAGUUGUCAAGUUUAUUGAAGAAAAUGGGCCAUUCGAUGGGUUACUGGGUUUCAGUCAAGGAGCUUCUAUGGUUCACUUGCUCAUUGCCAAGGCACAACUCGGUGAAAUCAAACUUCCCGGAAUCCGAUUUGCCAUUUUCUUCUCCGGAUUCCUGAGUCUCUCUUCCAAACAUGACUCCUUGACAUUACUCCGAAUCAAAGAAUUCCCAUCGAUGCACGUAUUCGGUGACGCGGACGAGAUCGUGGCGAGACCAAAAAGCGAGAAAAUGGCAGACAUGUUUGACGUUGAACCGUUGCGGAUAGCUCACGAUGGGGGGCAUGUUGUACCGUCGAUGUCAAAGCACAAGGAGAAGAUUGCCGGAUUUAUGAGAGAGCAAUUGGAUAGGAAGAUUGAAAAUAAUUGAUUUUCUAUAGGAAUAAUAAAUUGGCUUUGGUU